AUGGACCGUGGGCUCACCAUCGAGAACCCGUAUGCCAGCGUCACUGUUCCCCAGGCACAGCUGAAGGAUGGCUUCCUGAGAUAUUACCUGGGGGAUGACUUAACCUCGGACACCGUUCUCUUCAGUCCCAGCGUCUUACCCACGUACUCGGCGGCCCCAGAGAAGGGGGUGGCAGCAGUCCCAAGGCCACCUUCUCUGGCUUGGAAUGGGCAGAAAGCCCAGGCGCAGGAGGAGUCGCAGGACAGGCCCGCUAACCCCUACGCCAGCCUCAAGAUUCCCAGGGCGGACACUCCAGAGUCCUUCCAUUGGAAAAGCCACGCAGGGGCAGCUCUGGACCCCAGCGAUGCACUCGGAGCGUUGAAAGGUCAGCCCCGAGCUCCCUGCCUUCUGCCACAGGCGUAUCCGAUACAGCAGACAGACCGAGCCCCCCGGAGCUGCAGUCCAAUAGCCGGUCCGCAUCUGGCACCGAAUGACCCUUCUCUUUGGUUCAUCCCCUCUAGGAUUCCUCUGACUUCGGGGCCUGAGAGCGGUGAGGUUGCCAGGCUCCGCCCGGAGGCUGUCGUCCCCAGUCCCAGCAGCCACAAAAUCGAGUGCAUCAUCUGUUACUGCUGCUAUGACCUCUCUGCCCACCUCCCUCGCCGCCUCUACUGUGGCCACACGUUUUGCCAGGCCUGUAUCCGGCGCCUUAAUAUGGUGGCCAACGAGCAGUGGUGGGUCCCGUGCCCACAGUGCCGCCAAAACACCCCCACCCCACGCGGAGGGGUGACGAUGCUUGAUUUGGACCUCAUGGCCUUCCUAGCGGUCAAGUCAGAGAAGGAGCCUCCGCGGCAGGGAGGUAGACUGGAGCCGGAGCCCUUCUCCAAGGAGAAGCCGGUCAUCAUGGAGCAACCCGCCGGCAUGCGCCAGGAGACUCUGCCUGAGCCCCAGCCUUGUUUUCCCCAGAACAGCUGCUGCCGCUGCGACCCCCCUCUUUGCUGUGGGACCGCAGCAGAUUUUCAGAGCUGAAUUAGCUUUCCUGUAUCUCAUAAUGCAGAAGUGCAGUGUUGGUCCAUUGCUGCCCUUGGCAUCCCAGGGUUUUCUGGAAAUGUCUCCAUCUUAGCUGCCUCUUGCAGGACUUCCCUGUGCGAUGGUCUUCCACCACAGCCUCCUGACCUGCCCAGGGCCGUGGAUAAGCCCUCUGGGGCCCAAAGCCUGCGCCAGCUCUUGGGUGCCUGCUUGGCGAUGGGCGCUGCUAUCGACCGUAGCCGGCUGGUCCGACGCCCGGGCUGCGCUCUUAGCCAGGCGUCUCGUUUUGUUCUCGGUCGCGCCUCCUGGGCUUCCCUCGGGAGCUGAGAGUUCUGCUGCCGGGAGCGUGAUCCGCACGGUGACCCUGAUCUGCGAGCCCUUUCGGAACGGAUCCCGGGGGUCGGUCUCUUCAUCUAGUCUCUUUCACUCAGUUGGAUAUCGUCACAGGCUGGCUCUAGAGAAGCCCUGCUCCUGGAAUGGCCGCCAUCUCUACGGGGGAGGGAGGGUCCCGCGUGCUCUUGUCCCCCUUUGUUUUCCUCCCCGAUUCCGUCUUGUCUUUUUGCCGCGUGUAGCGGUAUAACGGCACAGCCUUAGUCCUCCUCUGUUUUCCAUUUUAGGGAACGUGCUUUGGUUGUGACUUCAUUGGGGGGCUGAACUCCAGCAGGCUAGCACUCGCUGGCUCCGCAAGUUUUGUAAAAGACGCAUUUUCUUACCCCCGUGUAUUUAUUUUUUAAACUAGUGUCUUCAGUGGAACUAAAAUAUCUUUCUGACAAAGGUUCACAAGUGAAAGAAUAUCGUACUACUAUGCUGCUGUAAUGGUAAUAUUAAAAAGCUUUUCUGGUAUGUUUUAUAUCAUAAUUAGAAGAAAAGUGUUAACAUGGAUGAUCUGCAGAGGUGCUAAUUUCAUGAGGAGCCAGUACUGGACAGUAAAUUUUGAUUGUCGAAUCUGAGGUACCCAAAUGCUUCCCAGACACUUGGUAAAAAUAUUGUUUUGUUUAAUAGCGUGGUUCUCAUCUUCGUCCCCUUGAUCUCAUUCGUUCAGUUGGUACAAGUGAAAACACUGAAUUUAGCCCAUCUUGGGAUGUUUGAAUGACAAGCAGCGGGUGUCGUAUCUAAUCAUGCAAUGAUCCAAAAGGUUUGACUGCUUUUGCUUUCCUGAUGCACCAUUACUUGAUGUGUCAAGUCAUAUUUUAGACCGAGAUGCUUUGAUUGUCUUUAAUUAAAAGUCACAAACCUGUCUUCGCAAAUCUGCUCAUGACUUCUCCCUGCCUCGGUAUGUAUUGAUUUUUUCUUUAUAAGCGGCUGCCACCAUAAAAUAAAGCAGGCGAAUGCUCGCUCAGUACGCCUAAAAGGCAGCGAACCUUAAGGAGCGGGGGCAAGCAGGAAGCCCCAGAGAAAGCUGAAACCAGAGUGGGAAGCGGGUUCGGGACAACCUCUCUGGAGAGGUCAGCUCAUUUCGGGGUUGCGCCCCCGUUUUGCCACCGGCUGGUGCUCCCCAGAGGGGGCGGGCCGAGAAGGGUCUCUGCAGACGGGGAGACCUCGGAGACCCGAGCGGGGUUUCAGGCAUCUGGCCCCUGUGGCUCUUGCUCGCGGCUCGCGGCCCAGGCGAGGAGGAGGCCGGGGCCUCCGAGCGUGUCGCGAGGUGGCUCGUCCCCUUCGCCCGGGCUGAGGAGAAGUGCCGCUGCGGCCCCGCCGCGCUGUCCCUCAUCCUGGCCAGCGCCUUCUUUCC